UUUUUUUUUUUUUUUGGCUGUUUCAGAAUUCACACAUUUCUUCCUUGUAAAUAUAUAUACAUAUAUGGUACCUAAUGAUGCUGAUAGCGAAGCAGGCUGUAAGCUGCUUGACUCCUUUGCUAUAUUUGUUCAACUUAUGUUGGCUGGCCUGGCCUUUUCUACACUUUAUAUUAAACGACAAAGGGAAUCACCACAACGGCCACUCUUGAUUUGGUCCUUCGAUGUCAGCAAACAGCUAAUAGGCGGUGGCGUUGUGCACACACUGAAUGUAUUAGCUUCACAUAUCUUUGGCAAGAGUCUAGAAGGCGAGCCUCAAUCCAAUCCUUGUGUAUGGUAUUUUCUCAAUAUUUUUAUAGACACAACAUUUGGUGUAUUGAUUAUUUGGAGUGUCUUGUCCAGCGUUAAGUUUAUAACAGAGUUUUAUCGACUUCCUGGAUUUCAAAGCGGUGUUUAUGGAGAACCGCCCCUUGUGAAUCAAUUACAAGUAUGGGCAAAGCAGCUGGGUGUCUAUGUGCUAGCAUUAGUGACGAUGAAAGUAGUCGUUUUGAUCUUGUUUGCAAUCUGUCCCUGGCUAGAAAAUUUCGGUAAAUGGGUACUCUCUUGGACCAUGGGCAAUUAUCGACUCCAAGUCCUGUUUGUCAUGCUAAUUUUCCCUCUUUUAAUGAACAUCAUUCAAUUCUGGAUUGUAGACACUAUUGUCAAGAACAAACCAACAAGAGCAAUUCAAUUAGACCAAGAACAAGACGAUCUAUUAAUUUCUGACGGGGAAUAUGUUCCACAAGAUACUUUGUAUUCAAGCGAGGAGGAUGCAACUUCUAUCUCUUCUUUCCAUAUUCAACAUACAAGUGCCGCGAAAGCUAAUCUUCAUCGAACUGAAUCUAAUCUGAGCACUGUUUCUGCUGACAGUCUAUAUGAACUAAGAACAAGCAAAUACCCUCAAGAAUAAAAUUCGUUAUCCGGGGGAGUUUCCGGAUAAAAUAAACUCGUC